GGAAGUUCCACGUCAGUGUCCAGCGCGUUCAGCCGGUCCGCGUACACCCCGGACCCCGAUCUCAGCUACGCACCGUACGUUCACGUCGUCGUGGCAACGCGGGGAUAAGACAUGCCUCUUAGGCUGGAUAUCAAACGGAAGCUGACAGCCAGGUCAGAUCGGGUGAAGAGUGUGGACCUUCAUCCAACCGAGCCAUGGAUGCUGGCUAGUUUGUACAAUGGCAGUGUCUGUGUGUGGAACCACGAAACGCAGACACUGGUCAAGACAUUUGAGGUGUGUGACCUCCCAGUCAGAGCCUCUAAAUUUGUGGCAAGGAAGAACUGGGUGAUCACUGGAGCGGAUGACAUGCAAAUUCGUGUGUUCAACUACAAUACGUUAGAGCGGGUCCACAUGUUCGAGGCCCACUCUGACUACAUCCGCUGCAUCGCUGUGCAUCCCACUCAACCGUACAUCCUCACCAGCAGCGAUGAUAUGUUGAUCAAACUGUGGGACUGGGAGAAGAAGUGGACUUGCAGCCAGGUGUUUGAGGGUCACACUCACUACGUCAUGCAGAUCGUUAUCAACCCCAAAGACAACAACCAGUUUGCUAGCGCCUCCCUGGACCGGACCAUCAAGGUAUGGCAGCUGGGCUCCUCCUCCCCCAACUUCACUUUGGAGGGCCAUGAGAAAGGAGUCAACUGUAUUGACUACUACAGUGGAGGCGACAAGCCCUACCUCAUAUCAGGGGCUGAUGACCGCCUGGUCAAGAUCUGGGACUACCAGAACAAGACAUGUGUCCAGACUCUGGAAGGCCAUGCCCAGAAUGUCUCUUGUGUCAGCUUCCACCCAGAACUGCCAAUUAUCAUCACAGGAUCAGAGGAUGGUACUGUACGUAUUUGGCACUCGAGCACCUACCGUCUGGAGAGCACACUGAACUAUGGCAUGGAGCGGGUAUGGUGUGUUAGUGGCCUUAGGGGCUCCAACAACGUGGCGCUAGGCUACGAUGAAGGCAGCAUCAUUAUCAAGCUUGGUCGGGAGGAGCCAGCGAUGUCCAUGGACACUAAUGGCAAGAUCAUCUGGGCCAAGCACAGCGAGGUGCAGCAGGCCAACUUGAAGGCUAUGGGGGACGCAGAGAUCAAGGAUGGAGAGAGGCUGCCGCUAGCAGUCAAAGACAUGGGCAGCUGUGAGAUCUACCCCCAAACCAUCCAGCACAACCCGAACGGAAGAUUUGUGGUGGUGUGUGGAGAUGGAGAGUACAUCAUCUAUACUGCCAUGGCGUUGAGGAACAAGAGUUUUGGCUCAGCACAGGAGUUUGUCUGGGCACACGAUUCCUCUGAGUACGCCAUAAGGGAAAGCAAUAGUAUCGUCAAGAUCUUCAAGAACUUCAAAGAAAAGAAAUCUUUCAAGCCAGACUUUGGUGCUGAAGGUAUUUAUGGAGGCUUCCUGCUCGGAGUGAGAUCAGUAAAUGGCCUGGCUUUUUAUGACUGGGAAAACACAGAACUAAUCCGCCGCAUUGAGAUCCAGCCAAAACACAUUUUCUGGUCAGACUCUGGGGAGCUGGUUUGUAUUGCCACAGAAGAGUCCUUCUUCAUCUUGCGCUACCUGGCUGACAAGGUUGCUUCCUCCCAGGAGUCCAACGAAGGAGUCACAGAGGACGGCAUUGAGGAUGCCUUUGAGGUCCAGGGUGAGAUUCAGGAGAUUGUGAAGACUGGACUGUGGGUUGGAGACUGUUUCAUCUACACCAGCUCUGUCAAUAGACUCAACUAUUUUGUAGGAGGAGAGAUCGUCACCAUCGCUCACCUUGACAGGACCAUGUACCUUCUGGGUUACAUCCCAAAAGAUGACCGUCUCUAUCUGGGAGACAAGGAGCUCAACAUCGUCAGCUACUCUCUGCUGGUCUCUGUUCUGGAGUACCAGACCGCUGUAAUGAGGAGGGACUUCGCAAUGGCCGACAAGGUCCUACCCACAAUCCCCAAAGAGCAGAGGACCAGGGUGGCCCAUUUCUUGGAGAAGCAGGGUUUCAAGCAACAGGCCUUGGCCGUAUCCACAGACCCAGAGCACAGGUUUGAGCUGGCCUUGCAGCUGGGGGAGCUGAAGAUAGCCUACCAGCUGGCUGUGGAGGCAGAGUCGGAGCAGAAGUGGAAGCAGCUGGCAGAGUUAGCCAUCAGCAAGUGCCAGUUCGGCCUGGCCCAGGAGUGUCUUCACCACGCCCAGGACUAUGGCGGCCUGCUCCUCCUUGCCACAGCCUCGGGCAACGGCGCCAUGGUGAGCAAGCUGGCUGAGGGCGCGGAGAGGGACGGGAAGAACAACGUGGCUUUCAUGACCUAUUUCCUGCAGGGGAAACUGGACCAGUGUCUGGAGCUGCUGAUCAGGACAAACCGACUUCCAGAGGCUGCCUUCCUAGCUCGCACCUACCUGCCCAGCCAGGUGUCCCGUGUAGUCAAACUGUGGAGAGAGAGCCUUGCUAAAGUCAACCAGAAGGCGGCUGAAUCCCUGGCAGACCCCACAGAGUAUGAGAACCUGUUCCCUGGGCUUAGAGAGGCCUUCUUAGCCGAGCAUUUCCUCAGAGAGACCUGCCUGGGCGACUCCAGGCCCGCCAGAGACUAUCCACUUGUCAUGCCCAAUGAAGACAGGAAUAUUCUAGAGGAGGCCCAGGGAUAUGAGCCCAAAGAAACCUUACCUGUUCCUGUCGCAAAGGAGUCAGAGGAGACCGAGGAGUCUACCUCAGCAGCAGAUCUGAUAGCGUCCAUGGCUGCGGCAGUGGUUUCCCCCAUCGUAGCGGCGAUAUCACAGCCUGAACCCGAAGACACUCCUGCUACACAAGAGGAGCAGAAAGAGGAGGAAGUCCCUGUCUCGUCACAGGAUAGGUCUCUGGAAGACCUGGAGGUGGACCUGGACAACAUGGAGCUAGAAGACAUCGACACCUCAGAUGUCAACCUCGACGACGACUUCCUAGACGACUGAGAUUCGCGUCCGACCCGUCUGCGUGAUUCACGAUGCUCGCCAGAAUUUAUUUAAUUAAAUGAGACCAAACCCCGAUUUCCCCCUUUUUUUUUUUUUUUAUUUGUACUUAAAGAUACGUGAUGAUGUCAUCUCCCCAGAAGCGAAAGGGUUUGAGUAGAUAAUGAUAAUGAUUUUCUUUUUCACAGAAGGAAAACCAAAUGUCUGUUUCAUACUCUAAAUUUUGUACUCUUUAUCUUUCAAUUGUUGGUUCAUCCAUUCAACAAGGACCUUAAUUUCACAAACUGCCUGUGCAUUGACCUAUAUAGUUUUCAUGUUGUAAUGCCCACAAAGCUAAAUCACUGUUCAUUUAGUGAAUUAAACUGCAGUUGCUGUAUAUAUUCACUUUCGA